AUGUCGAAGAAGCUUCAAAAGUUCACUGACCAGAAAAUGAAGGUUCGGAAAUUCUUUCAGUAUUGUCUCUCCAAGCUCAAAAACCCUCGUCCCCAAAUCCACCCUCCUCCUUCCUUUACCCGGAUCCUCUCGGGUUGCAAGCAACCCAAGACUCAUUCCAUUGCGAUCGUCAGAGGAAAUAACGCAGCUACGCUAUCAGACAUCGAUCGCUUCCUCUUCGAGAAUUUCAACUCUCUGUUCCUGCACGAAGAAGAUACUAUUCCAAGUAGUAACAACAUCGCAAACAGAGUUUCUGGAGAAAAUCAAAGAGAUCCAAGAUCAGGAUCCAUGUCGUUCGACUCGACUUUGCUGGAUAUUGUCGGCGACUGCAGCGAGGCUUCUGGCUCUCGUGAGAGUAUCGUCGUCCUGGCGUCCUCCGUGAGCCAGUAUGAGGAUCUCAGGCGAUCUAUGAAAGAAAUGGUGGACCGGAGGUUGAGGAAUCACGGAAGGGUGGAUUGGGGAUUUAUGGAAGAGCUCUUGUUUUGCUAUUUGAACCUGAACGAGAGGAAGUCAUACAAGUUCAUCCUGAAUGCUUACGUGGAUUUGAUCAACGGUCUGCGUGAAACAUCACCAGUGAGAGCUCCGGCGACUGCGAAGCCAAGGAGUGUUCGCACAUUUAGGACAGGGAGGGAGAUCAAGAGGAAGGAGAAGAACGAAGACACGUUGCAAUUCGUGGAAUAG